UUCUAAACGUGUCACUGUACGUGACCUAGAACGUUGGAAAUUGGCUCACACGUGUCAACAUUCUAAGCACUGCGUCAACCCGCGAUUUUCGGGUUGGUGAGAAAUGUUUGGUUUGGCUGUGAAAAGAUUGUCUUCAGUUUCAACUAAGGGCCGUACUGGACUUGUGACAUUCUGCAUUUUGCUUCUGGCAUGGAUUGUUGGGUUCAGCAUACGUCUCUUUUCAGUAAUACGUUUUGAAAGUGUCAUCCAUGAGUUUGAUCCAUGGUUCAACUACCGGGCGACAAAACAAAUGGUUGAGAAUAGUUUCAAGAGCUUUUACAACUGGUUCGAUAGCACUGCUUGGUAUCCUUUAGGAAGGAUUGUCGGAGGGACUGUUUAUCCUGGUUUAAUGAUAACUUCAGGAUUCAUACAUUAUGUGUGCCAUCUCCUGAGUUUCCCGGUUCAUAUUCGUGAAGUUUGUGUGUUUCUUGCGCCUAUCUUCAGUGGAAUGACUGCUGUGGCCACCUAUUUUUUCACAAAAGAAAUAUGGAAUGAAGGAGCAGGAUUGUUUGCAGCUUGUUUUAUUGCUAUAGCACCUGGUUAUAUAAGUCGUUCAACGGCUGGAAGUUAUGAUAACGAAGGAAUCGCUAUCUUUGCGCUUAUGUUUACAUAUUAUUUAUGGAUUAAAGCUGUGAAAACAGGAAAAGUCUCUUGGGCGGCAUUUUGUGCAAUUUCCUACUUCUACAUGGUUUCUGCUUGGGGUGGUUAUGUCUUUAUCAUAAAUCUUAUCCCAUUGCACAUCUUUGUAUUACUUAUUAUGCAACGUUAUAGUGCUAAGUUGUAUGUAGCUUAUACAACAUUUUUUGUCUUGGGAUUGUUAAUGUCAAUGCAAAUACCAUUCGUUGGUUUUCAACCUUUGCGUACAAGUGAACAUAUGGCAUCAGUUGGAGUAUUUGCUCUUCUUCAGGUUGUUGCUUUCUUCAAAUACUUACAAAGUCGUGUUCCUAGUAAUACACUAAGACAACUUUUCACAUUUGGAGCUAUUUUCUUUGCUGGAAUUAUCUUCCUUGCUGUAGUUGGACUUACCUAUGCUGGUGUUAUUGCACCAUGGAGUGGAAGGUUUUAUUCAUUGUGGGAUACGGGUUAUGCAAAAAUUCACAUUCCAAUUAUUACAUCAGUUUCUGAGCAUCAACCUACCUCAUGGGCUGCCUUCUUCUUCGAUUUGCACGUGUUAGUCGCAACAUUUCCAGCCGGUGUACGACUAUGCUUUAAAGAUUUAAACGAUGAACGUGUUUUUGUCAUUCUGUAUGCAAUAUUUGCAUCGUAUUUUGCUGGUGUAAUGGUUCGGCUAAUGCUUACACUGACACCGAUUGUCUGUGUAUUCUCUGCUAUCGCUUUCUCACGUGUAUUCGAGCUGUUUUUGGAUGAAAAUAAUUUGGAGAAUAGCGGUAGUAGUAGUAGUAGUGGUAGUAAUAAUGCGGCAAAUAAUCAUACAAGUGGUGAUGCACAGAAUUCUACAGGGGAUAAACGUUUGUACGAUAAACCAAGCAAAGGAAAUAAAAAGCAGAAUUCUGUCGAUCAAGACACUUCAUCAAGUACAACUGCAACCAAUCGAUCAUCCCAACAGUCACCACCAGCAAAUGGCAACAAUCUACGUGCAGUUGCCUAUGUGUUAAUUAUAUUCAUUUUGUACCUGUUUGUUUCACAUUGUGUCUGGGUAUCAUCUAAUGCUUAUUCAAGUCCGUCUAUUGUGCUAGCUUCAUAUGGUAAAGAUGGAUCUCGGUAUAUAUUGGAUGAUUUCCGUGAAGCUUAUUUCUGGUUAUGGCAAAAUACUAAACCAGAUGCUCGUGUUAUGUCCUGGUGGGAUUAUGGUUAUCAAAUUGCUGGAAUGGCGAAUCGAACAACUCUCGUUGAUAAUAAUACAUGGAAUAAUAGUCAUAUUGCUUUAGUAGGUAAAGCUAUGGCAUCAAAUGAAUCAGAAGCCUAUAAGACAAUUCAAAGUUUAGAUGUUGACUAUGUACUAGUUAUAUUUGGCGGUUAUAUUGGUUAUAGUGGUGACGAUAUCAAUAAAUUCUUAUGGAUGGUACGUAUUGGUGGUGGUGAACAUCCAAAUGAAAUUCGUGAACAAGAUUUCCUUACUUCAAAUGGGGAUUAUCGUGUUGACAGAGAAGCUUCUCAAACAAUGCUCAAUUGUUUAAUGUAUAAAUUAAGCUAUUAUCGUUUCGGUGAAGUUCGCUUAGAUAUGCAUACACCAAGUGGUUAUGAUAGAACAAGAGGUGUAGAAAUUGGUCGUAAAAAUUUCGACUUAGAUUUUCUCGAAGAAGCUUUUACAUCAAAACAUUGGCUUGUAAGGAUAUAUCGUGUUCUACCGCCUGAGAAUUUACCACAUCUGUCGAAUACACGUCGACGGAUACGUUAUCGUCCUUCAGGGAAAAGUGGUUCAACUACUCGUGGUCGAUUAAAUAAUAAUGUUGUUACGUCGUCUAGCAGUAAUAAACGUUCCUCUAAAACUUCUAGAUAAGGCGAGUGUUUCCUGGAUGUGAACGACUAGUCUUUGCAAUAAUCCAAGCAAACUGUUUUGCUAUGUGCGUCACUUUUUUUGUUUGUUUGUAUGUUUAUUUGUUCAACCAUAUUCUCUUAUGUAUUAUUGUCUUUUUUUAUCAUCUUUUGGUUCACAUUUUGUUCAUUCAUUGUUACGUAAUAACUAAAUGACUGACUGGCUAACCACCAACAAACCAACCGACCAACUAAUUCAUGUAUAAAAAUCUAAAUAGGUAUGCGGGAAAAGCUUUGAAGUGUAGUGUAUUGGUUGUAUUGGUUGCAUCACAUAGUGCAUGUUGUAUUAUACAUAAUGGACAUGGCUGUAACGUCGUAGCAGCCUGUGAUGCAAAGACAAUACGACGAGUACAACUGCCAAUAAUACUACUACUACUACUAAUUACAAUAAUAAUGUGUAGCUGUGAUGCCUGUUGUUUGUUCUGUUUGUAUUCUUUUAUAUAUAUAAAUAUAUGGGAAACACUUGUUUCAACAUUGUUGACCUCUUUCCUGGCUCUUCUUCUUUUUCUUCGUUUCGUCGUCGACGUUUCCUUCUUGUUGUUCCUGUUCUGUUCUGUUUUCAUAGUUUGUAUUCAGUAACCAUGCCUUCAUAUUGUACUAUUAUCCUCUCUCUCUAUACAUUGUCAUUGGGUUUUCUUUCUGUUUUUUGCUCUCUCUGUUUUUUUGACUUUAUUUUCUAAUAAAAUUUGUUGCUGUCACAUAAUAAUAUUUGAGUUUAUAUUGUUAUAAAGAGCAUACAUGGCUCACUCACUCACUCAUUCAUUCAUUUAAAUAA